AAAAAAAUUGAAAAUCAAUAAAACUGUUGCGCGUUGCGGCUGCGUGGUUUUUUUUCAUUUCAUUUAAUUUUCCGUUCUCUACUUUUCUUGAGUUUUAUUUUUUACUGAUAGAUCCCAGAUAUCCAACAACAACUUAAACAGUGAAUAGUGAGCUUAAAUUUGUUCAUAAUGUUCCGAAUACCGGUUAGAAGCAAGACUAUCAGCAGUGCUUCGACCCGGCUUUACACAUCCAGUAGUUUCAUACGUAGUACUUUUAUUGAUUAUUUCAAAGAUAGUCAUGGCCAUAAGUUCGUUAAAUCCAGCUCCGUCGUGCCGCUUUGCGACCCCACUGUCCCAUUUGUUAAUGCUGGCAUGAAUCAGUUCAAAGGUAUAUUCCUGGACCAAGUGCAGCCUGCAUGCCCCAGGGCAGUGAACUCCCAGAAGUGCAUCCGUGUGGGCGGCAAGCACAAUGACCUGGAUGUGGUCGGCACUGAUGGCCAUCAUCACACCUUCUUUGAAAUGCUUGGCAACUGGUCCUUUGGUGACUAUUACAAGAAAGAAGCUUGUCAGAUGGCGUGGGACCUGCUCCUGGGUCCAUACCGGUUGAAGCCAGAACACCUGGUGGUCACAUACUUUGGUGGCGAUCCCACACUCGGCCUGCCUGAGGACAAGGAGUGCAGGGACAUUUGGAAAGGUAUUGGGGUGCAAUCAGACCGCCUGAAGCCACUAGGAGCUCAGGAUAACUUCUGGGAGAUGGGUCUAGUGGGCCCCUGCGGCCCCUGCACCGAGAUACACCAUGUGAACACCGAUGGAACCUUCACCGAGAUAUGGAACCUUGUGUUCAUACAGUUUAACAGAGAAGCAGACGGCAGCCUCCGGCCUCUGCGCACGCGGCACGUGGACACGGGGCUGGGGCUGGAGCGCGCGGCCUCGCUGCUGCAGCGGGCGCCCGACAACUACCGGAGCGACCUGCUCGCGCCGCUCAUAGCCGCCGUUCAGCUGAACGCAAAAGACGUCGACCCCUAUGCGGGUAGGUACGGUGCGGACGCAGCCCUCUGCACCGCCUACCGCCGGCUGGCCGACCACGCGCGCAUGAUCGCCGUGUGUCUGGCGGACGGAGCCUUCCCCGCUACCAGCCUAAACCUCAAGCAAAUCCUGCGCAAGUCACUUCGAAUAUCCUCCGACGUAUUCAAAUGCCCAUCAAUGCUGCCUCGUCUAUACGACGUAGUAGCUGAAACCCUCGGGCCCACCUACCCAGAGCUGGUCUCCAAGAGGAAAGAUGCUCAUCUGAUACUGCAGUAUGAGGAGGAAUCGUUUAAGAAGUUGAGGUCAACAUUGGCCAAGAAAUGGAAGGAUUUAGCUAAAGCUUAUCCGGAGGUGGAGAGUUUGAGUGAUAUUGAGCUAACUGGUUUUGCUAAUGGAUAUAAGGAAUUUAAGGAGACUGUAGCCAAGCUGAAUUCGACAGUAAUACCAGGGGAAUUAGUGUUUAAAUUGUACGACACGCACGGUUUCCAAGAAGACCACAUAGAUAGAAUAGCCCAAUUAAACAAUUUACAAGUUGACAAAGAGAAAUUCAAGCAACUUCUAGCACAACACAGAAGUAGACAUAAAACUUCUUUCAAAGAACAAGCUGAUUCGAAAGCCGCCAUGUUCGAACAAGCCAUAGACAAGAUAAAACAAAAUGGCGUGGAAAGAACCAACGAUCAAUACAAAUACGAUUACACAGUUGAAGACAAAAAACUUGUCAUCGAACCAUUGAAGACCAAUUUAGUUGCAUUUCUGAAUGAAGAUGGAUAUUGGAUAGAUAAUACUGAACCAUGCGAAAACAAACACUACUACCUAGUAACAAAGGAUACGAAUUUCUACUGCGAAGAAGGCGGCCAAAUAGCUGAUACAGGAACUAUUUUUAUCAAUGAAAACACAGUUUUAAAUGUCGAAGCCGUUUUCAAAAUCAAAGACUUUGUUUUCCACAAAGGCACCUUUCAAUUAACUUCUAGUAAAAAUAAUUCCGUUAAUUGUGAAAGCGAAGUGAGAUUAGUAUUAGAUACUGAAAGAAGGCUAAAUAUAAUGAGGAACCAUACUGGUGUACAUCUGUUGAAUGCAGCGAUUAGGAAAGCCCUGCCAAAUAGUGUUGUGUGUCCGAUAGGAUCGAAAGUUACUGACAAAGGGUGCACAUUGAAUUUGUCGGUUUAUGGAGAGAAACUAUCGCAAAAGGCUGUUUUGGAUGCUCAAGAACUAGUUAGACAAACAAUAACCAGCAACGUGCCCAUCACCACGUCCAUAGUGGACAGCAUAAACGUGACAGAUGUCACCACGGUGCCCGGGGAGACGUACCCGGACGCAGGGCUGCGGGUGCUGGAGGCUAGCGGGCCGGGGUUGCUGUCCAGGGAAUUAUGCUGCGGCACCCACCUGCCCUCUACAGGGGUUCUUGAGGAGUUCUGCAUCACGCUGGUGAAGGGCGCCGGCAGCCACACGCCAGCCGUCCAUGCGAUCACCGGCGACGCUGCUAAGGAGGCGCGCGAGCUCUUCAUCCGAGCCGACAAGAUCCGGCACGUGACCGAGCUGAUCUCCCCUACACGCAUGAAGGAAGAAGCCGACGGCAUCCGGCGGCGGCUGACCAGCCUGUGUGGGACCGCGGGCGCGCCGCACGCAAGCUACAGGACGUGUCUGGAUACGCUGGACCGGCUUGAGAGAGAGACGAAGGAUAAUGGAGAGGUGUCGCUCGACGCCAUAGCGGAAGCGGAACUACUAGAGCUCGAGUCCCAACUAGCGUCCACAGGGCGCAAGUUCAUAGUGCACUUCCUACGGGCCGCGUACCUGUGCGCGGCGGGGCCCGUGGCGGCGGCGCGGCGCGCGCGCUGCCCCGCGCUGCUGCUCGCCUGCGCCGGCGGGGACCUGGCCGCUGCUGCUAAUGUACCUAAGAGCAUGGUGACGCCUCAGUUCACGGCGGCGAAGUGGUUGAGCUGCGUGCUGCCCGUGUUCGAGUCCCGGCUGCGCCCGCCCGGGCCCGGCGACCACACCGACACCUACGCAGAGAUGGAGCCCAAAAGGGUGAGCCUGAUCCACUGCGAGCAGCAGGUACAAGACGCGAUGCGCGCCGCCAUCCGCUACGCGCAAGCGCACGCGCACAGCACGCGCACGGAGCCCGGCGAGCGCACGCCCGCGCGCACCGCCGGCGACCGACGCACCAAUUGAGCGCUAGGUGGCGCUGGCGAGGCAGGAUCUUUGUAAUAUAUGUACAUGCAUAGUGGUACGAGACAGGACCAUCUGAUAUACAUACAUAGUGGUACAAUGUUAUUCUAUGGGCACCUAUGUAUACGUGCAUUAUGUCUACAUCCGCCAGCACAGUGGCCGGCGACCGACGCACCUACUGACCACUAGGUGGCGCUGGCGAGGCAGGAUCAUGUAGUAAUACAUACAUAGUGGUAUAAUAUCUGUGAGCAUAUAUCUCCAUCCGUAAUGCGCAGGGAACGCGCUGGACCGACGCACCUACUGAGCGCUAGGUGGCGCUAGCGAGGCAGGAUCUUUGUAAUACGCUUAGGGAUGCAAAAGCGGUAUUUUACGCCGGAAUGGGGUGACAAUUUGUGCUGUUAAGAUUUAACAGGUCAACUUUUGUAAAAGCUAGUCACAAGUUAGUUGAAGAAAGGGGGUGACUCCUCUCGGUUUUCAAUAUAAUUUUAAGGCCACCUGUUACAUAAAUAUAUUUAACUGGCCGGAAGAUGGCGCUAUAAGUGCAGAACGAUUAGCUUUAGGUUUUAUUUGCGUGUUGGUGCACAUGAAGUAAUCAUGACAUGAUAUAGUUAAUACAGAUGGCUAUCGAAUAACGUAAUGUAUUGUGAAUAAAACAACUGCAGUUAAGUUAACACUUGGUGCAACCGACUGACGGUAGGUAAUAAUAAUAAGAUAACAUUUGCUCAUAGUAGAACACACUGGUGUAAAAGUGACGCAUAAAUCUCGGGCACAUGUUACAGUCCUUUUAUUUAAUUUUUUAAUUGAAUAUUUACCGAAUUUUAUGGUUAAUUUAACAUACAAUACAUACUUACAUAAAAUUGCAAUUAGAUUCAAAACUAUUUUUUUUAACUCUCAGUAAAUGGAUGGAAUGCGAGCCACCCGCUUAUUAAUAAAAAAAAUUGGCUCACCCGGUUAGUAGAUGGUCGCGAAUCGUAUCACCAAUGGAUGGAAUCAUAUAUAAAAUGAACUAAGGGAUCACAUCUAGACGACAAAGCAUGCAGAAGUGGUAGUGGGCUGGACAAUGGACAUAUCUGCCGGUGCACAAUUUCCUAUAGGCACAGUGAGACAUGAUGAAAUACAGGCAUGUAAUUCAAAAGUCGGACGUAUAAUACUGAGAUUAAUUUUAUUUAACGAAAACAGACAGUGAAAGUUGUCCACAGAACCAUAGAAAAACAAAAGACUGAUGAGUCCUGUGUUUACAAAUUAUGCUAGUUCCAACAAGACAAUUUCUUAUUGGUAGUUUUUUCACUCUGUCUAUGGUUUUGUGUUGGUUUGCAAUGCAUGUCCCAAAUUAUGCCUAAAUAUUCCUGGUUUUGUGGUGGGAAGCAGUUUGGUUUUUUUUGCGCGAUUGAAGCUGUACUUUGUGUUGUUACUGCCUUUCUUAGCUCUUUACUGUGUUUACGGUGCAAAAAAUGCACCAUUUUCCUCUCCAUUCAUUUUGUAUUUUUUGUUUUUGGUUAGUAAGUUGUUUUUGAUUCCUUUUAAUAAAUGUGGAAUAUGAAGACCAACCUUUCUGGGAGGUAUACAGUAUACACGGAUCUUCUUGUGGGUAUUACGUCUGCUCGUCUGCCACUCGUAUUGCAAUGCUUGGUCUGACUUACGGCAAAAGUUUGACUCUUUGGCCAAGAUAUUAUUUUGUCCUUGAACAGGUAACUAGUUUUUAUUUAUUAAUUUCAGCAUAAUUCCCCACAUGGACAUUUCAUAACCGAAAUUGUCUUUACGAUUCCUUGAAGUACUUACUAAGUAACAAUUUCUUAAUGUAUUCUAAGUACGCAUAUUUGAACAAUUAUUAAAUUCCAUUUAUAUCCCUAUACGGAAUGGGCCCUUAGUCAUAUGGAAAAAUAUUCAAAGACAAGCAAGCAAUUGCUGAUAUACGACUCUGAAUUUUGUCCUAAUAGGUCACCUGACCGAAUUUAUAUUUAUUCCCAGUUCCGAUUUUCAAUUUGUUUGCAUUUCGAACUAAGCUCGAAUUUGAUGUAGUUCCAAUUCCCCUGGUCAUUCCCAUACCGACCAUUUUGAGAAUAAUUAAUAUAGGUACUAAUAUUCCCCUCAGCACUAGAUGUCGCAGCUGAGGUCAUGUCGUAUUUAUCGACGAUUUUUAUACGAAAUUUCAUCGCGAUUGUACUUAGUCGAAAAUGAUUCCCCUUCCCGUUUCUGACGAUGAUACCUACUGUUGAUCAUUCGGUAGUUUGUCAUGUUAAACAUAUUUUACCCUUCCACUGGUUUCUGCAGUGAAGAUUUAUCACGAAAUUGGUACAUUUGCCCUACGAUUCCUACUGUAGCGGCCGCAUCCGACAAUCUCAAUGGAAUGAGCCCUUUGUCAUGUAGGAGGUUCUUCUGUAAAUCCCUGACGAUUCCCUGACUAUAGGUGUGGCAUAUUCAUGAGGGUACUUGAACGUUUUCAGUAUACCUAUUUCUGAAUAAUGUCAACCAUUUUAACAAGUUGUAGGUAAAAUAGUUAUAUGGAGAUGAACUGACUGUUUAUCAAGUUUGUUCCGCUUCCUGGUCAUUAUCUUUGGACCAUCAUUUAAAACUAAAAACUGACAGGAUUUCUCACUGACCUUCUGGUCAUUAAUAACUUCCGCAUAAUGGAAUGAGCCCUUUGUCAUGUAGGAGGUUCUUCUGUAAAUCCCUGACGAUUCCCUGACUAUAGGUGUGGCAUAUUCAUGAGGGUACUUGAACGUUUUCAGUAUACCUAUUUCUGAAUAAUGUCAGCCAUUUUCACAAGUCAAUUCCCAGGCGAAACGUAGCCGGAGUUAUAUGGAUAAAAAACAAUCUCUUUUUAAAUUUUUACACGACGAAAGUGAUCUGAUUCCAUUAGGUCCUACUUGAGGCAUCCCUCAAUAUCGGCUCUCCAUAGCGGAGUGGGCCCUUGGUCAUAUGGAGACAAAUGCAGACAAUAAUAUAAAUCGUCAUCCCCUAGGUCCAGAUACUGGAAGAUCACUCAGGAGUUCCAUUAUUGACUGCAUUUCUCGCUGACCUUCUGGUUAUGAAUAAACCCCCCAUAAUGGAAUGAGCCCUUUGUCAUGUAGGAGGUUCUUCUGUAAAUACCCUGACGAUCCCCUGAAUAGGCAUGGGAUAUUCAUGAGGGUACUUGUACUUCUUUAGUAUACCUAUUUCUGAAUAAUGUCAGCCAUUUUCACAAGUCGCAGGGUAGAUACAUAGUCUAAGUUAUAAUAUGGAGAAUAACUAUUUGAUUUUCCGAGUUCCUCGUAAUUUCCUUAUGGAACAAAGUUAAAUUAAAAUGUUGUUUAUUCGACAUAACAUUUUACAAUUAUUUGUGGAUUGUCAUAACUACCAAAAUUUCGCUUAUAUUAUAUUACAUGGGUUUUGGUCGGCUUCUGACCGUAACUUUUCACAAUACCAUAUGUAUAGUUAACAUCAUCAAUGAAUUAGCAUUUGUAUUUUAGUUGUACCUGUACCUCGCUACCAAUAAAUUUUCAGCAUCUGUCUUGUUUCCAAAGGUUAUGUGAGCUUUAUUCAUACCCAUCGACUUGAUUUUCAAUUCGAUGGGUAUGAAUAAUGGGUGAAUAUGAGUAAUGAUAAAUGGUAUUUUCGUCAUACCUACUUGCUUUGGCAAUAUAGUUUUAGCCGUUAGGACAACUUCAACGUUUUUCUCUGAGGAUUGGACCUCAUUUCCAUCAACAAAAUUAUCUGGACAACAUUCGUACAACCCGUUUUGUAUUGCGUUUAUGUUGGACGGUCGCAUAUCACAAUCCCUCGUCGUCAGCGUCAUCACUCGGCGGACGUGGUCCCUUUUCCGUAUGCUAGCCAGUAUGCGGCGAAGUAUCUGAAAAUGAGAAAAAUAGAUCAAUCUUAGCAUUUCUUCGUGCUCCUAUUGCCCGGAGCCUUAACCCUUCUACUAAUUCCGCAAGUCAGGGUAUUUCCUGCGCAAUCCUCUCGAUCUGAACCUUGGUGAGAGGCUACCAGUGAUUUUCCCCCGCACAAUUAAGUGAAGUGGGUGCACUAGGUCUAACCAUGUUAAGGUUAUCUUUGCCCAGGCACUGUCGGUACCACAAAGAAGUGGCAGGUCUGCCCUGGUCUCUUAAGGAGUCCUUUAAAC